AUGCCGCGCGCAAUGAACUGUAGCGCGGCUAUCAGCGCUGCCUGCCACCCAGCAAAAGAUGACUUCGAUGCUGCAGAGAAGCCUGUCAACUGGGGCCAGGCAUAUAGAGGAUAUCCCCGAAUUCACCACAUUCCUGGGACCGGGUGUACCGGAAAUCGUGACCAGAUGCCGUCGCUGCGCUUUUACAUCAAAGGAAGUCGUUGA